AUGAGAAAUCUUUAUCUGGUAUCUGCGUUACAUGUAGUGUUUUUGAAGUUGAUAUCUGAAGCAGAUGGCUUCCGACCGAAGAUUCAGCCUUUGCCCAUUCAAGCAGAAGAUGACCUCGUCCAUUCUAAAGGAGUAGCAGGUUGCUCUUUCGGUGGGAAACUAUACGCGCUCCGGGAUACCUGGCACCCAGACCUAGGACAGCCUUUCGGAGUGAUGCACUGCGUCAUUUGCCACUGUGAGCCGCAACGAAAUCGAAGAGGCAAAAUUCACGGCAAAGUAAGUUGCAGAAAUAUCAAACAUGACUGUCGCGAGCCUCCCUGUCACGACGCGAUAUUACUGCCCGGACACUGCUGUAAAACCUGUCCCAAAGAAGGUACCAGCAGCUCAGAGAAGGAAGCUGACCUCACCCUGGACGGUUUUGAGUAUUUCCCUCUGGAGAAGGAGGAUGACCUGCAAAAAAGUCACAACGACCGGUCAUACCUCACCUCCGAGGAUAUUUCAAUGGACGACAGCCGGACAGAUUUUGUGGCCUUGCUCACGUCAACGACCGGCCAACUAUCAGCGUCCCCAGGAGUGGCUAAAGCUCGACUCACUCUGGUCAGAUCCAACCUGGUAUUCGCCAUUCAUUAUGAAAGACUCAGCCGCCCUAUUAGGGUAAGCUUUCGGGAUCAGGAUGGGACAGUUUUAUUUGAGCAUCCAGUUCACAAGAUGGCUACACCUCAAAGCAACCUGAUCUGUGGCCUGUGGAGAAAUGUACAUAAACCUUUUAUCAAGCUGCUGAAGUCUGAUCAGCUCCACAUUGCACUGAUGACACAGCCACGGUCAAAUGCUGGCAUCCUAGGCAAAAUUGUCAAACACAGAGCACUCUUUGCUGAAACAUUCAGUUCUGUUCUGACCUCGACCAACACUGAUCACUCAGGACUGGGUGGCAUUGCCAUGAUGACACUCAGCGAUGUUGAAAAUAAUCUACACUUUAUCAUCAUGUUUGAAGGGCUGCUGAAGAAGAGUGAAAAAGACCACAGCCUGGUCCCAGUCCGCGUGCAAUUAUCAUAUAGGAGCCAGCCAUUGAGAGAAGUCAGAGCCAACAUCACCACCCAUGACUCCAAUUUUGCUGAAGUGAUAACUGACCUCAGUAACAAGGAGAUGUUCCUGCUUUCACAUGGCCAAUUGGAAAUUUCUCUGGAAACUGAAGGCGGAAAUCCAAAUCGUAUUUCUGGAAUCAUCACAGCCAAGAAAACAUGUGAUACUAUUCAGAGUGUACUCUCAGGGGGAAAUGCUCUCAUGCCCACUAAAACUGGUGCCGUUGGUUCAGCAAAGUUUACUUUACAUGACAAUGGGACUCUUGAAUUUCAGGUACAAGUAGCUGGCACUGCCAGUGAAGUCAUAGGGCUCACAAUUGAAACAAAGCCUCGACGCAGGCACCGACGAAAUAUUUUACACGAUUUAACUUCAGACUACAGGAAUAAUUUCGCAAUUGGAAUUAGCAACAGUCUGAAUGCCAGGGACGUUCAUAUGCUGUUACAGAAUGAGCUGUUCAUCAACGUUGCAACAAAGGACUAUGAAGAGGGGGAACUGAGAGGACAAAUCGGUUCUUUACUCUAUAGUGGCCUUCAAGCAAGAUACUAUGAGCUGCCAAUCCCAUUAGCUGGACAGUUUGUGGUACCACCCGUAAAGACUGGCUCAGCAGGGCAUGCUUGGAUGUCUUUGGAUGAACACUGCCACCUACACUAUGAGAUACUCAUGGCUGGGCUGAGUAAAACGGAAGACAUUACCAUUAACGCACAUCUCCAUGGAUUUGCUGAGAUUGGGGAAAUGGAUGAGAACAGUGGUGAACAUAAACGGCUCCUUAAAGGGUUUUAUGGAUCUGAGGCUCAAGGAAUAUUAAAGGAUAUUAGUAGUGAACUUCUGCGACAUCUUAAUAGAGGAACGGCAUUUAUUCAAGUUACCACAAAACUUAAUCCUAGAGGAGAAAUACGAGGACCGGUGCUGAUUCCAAACCAGUGCGAGUCGAGAGGAUUUGUCACAACUAAGGAACUGGAGUUUGAAGACGAUCUUUUUGAGGAAGUUGCACCUGAUCCAGAGGAGUUGAAGAAAGAUCCAAAUUCUUGUUACUUUGAAGGGAAACACAGAGCCCAUGGGUCCCAGUGGGCACCAGAUUAUGAUCGGAAAUGCUCCAUCUGUAGUUGCCAGAAAAGGACUGUAAUAUGCGACCCUAUCAUAUGUCUUCCUCUGAACUGCACAGAUAUUGUUCAUGUUGAAGAUAAGUGCUGUCCUGUUUGCCAAGAUAAAACCAAAGCAAAAGAUGAAAAGGAAACAGGAAUAGACCAGGCUGAAGGCUGCUACUUUGAUGGGGACAGGAAAUGGCAUCCUGCUGGGACAACCUGGCAUCCAUUUGUACCACCGUUUGGUUAUGUGAAGUGUGCAGUGUGCACCUGUAAGGGGGCAACUGGGGAGGUUCAUUGUGAGAAGGUUCAAUGCCCAGCUCUGCCUUGUAGCCAGCCCAUUAGGAGGAAUGCAUCAAACUGUUGCAAAGAAUGUCCAGUUACAGAGAUUGCCCCUUUUGACCACACAGACAUGAUGCAGGCUGAUGGGCCCAGGCCCUGCAAAUUUGGGCGUCAUAUAUACAUGAACAAUAAUAAAUGGCAUCCUGAAGUUCCUCCGUUUGGGGAAAUGAAAUGCAUUACUUGCUGGUGUGAUGAGGGGUCCACAAAGUGUCAACGAGAGAAGUGUCCGCCACUAACCUGUGAGAAAAUUGUAAAGCAACAGCAUAAGUGCUGUCCAGAGUGUGAAGCAGAGACUUCAUAUUAUAAUGAAGAUGGAGAGAAAUUAAAAAGCCAACAGGACAAGAGCCGGGAUUCUCAACCACUAUCUGACUGAAUCUGUUUUAAUACAUUCCACAUGUGCAAUGAACAGAGUAAGCAUGUGCAGUGUGCAAGGAUGCCUACUUCAGUUCAUCAGAUUGAGAUUUUGAGGCUUCACUUGAAAGAUGGAUGAGAAAUCAAUGAAUUAAGUACACACAGUUGACUCAGUAUUUGGUGCUGUUAAUGGAAGAGAAACAAAGCUGUGAAUACCAUUGGCAACUGUGACUUGUUCUUCAUAGUGAAUUCGGAAGUAGGUACUUGAGUUGCAUGGAAAAAAGACAAUCAGAUCCUGCAAGGAAGCAUGAAAUCUUUCAGAAAUUAGAUGAAUGAGACAAUGAUGAAAUAAUCAUUGCCGAAAGGUGUCAGUUGGCUAUCAUCAAUGCUUUCUGCAAUUCAGAGGACUUUGAGGAACAGACUUAUUUCAUGUUGUUAGAUAACUUUGGUUUAAAAUGGCAAGAUGCUGUGCCUCCCGUCCACAUGUUAGCUUUUUCUUGAAGUGCAAAUCCACAAUCAUGUGAUUAUCGCACAACAAAAAAAAAUCACAUGGGUGUGUGAGUUCCAUCCAGUGAGGAACUUCCUCUGGGGAGGAAGCCCAGAACACAGCUGAAUGAAUGAAGGUGAUACCUUUCGUUUUCUUUUAGCAAUUUGUCGUUAAGUUUCUCUUGGAAACUCCCAGUGGGAGAAGCUGCUUGGUUCAUGUGCCCUGAUCUGCAUUACAAUUGUCCUUUUUUAUAUAUCCUCGCUAUGAAUGAGAUGCUGCUUCUGUGAUAGUCGUUUGCAUAUGCAGAAAGCCCCCAGGGAUGAAGGAAUCAGAUAAUUGAAGUGUUAAGUAUGAGGUGAUUUAUAUGUGUGCCCUCAACAAGCCCCAGUUGCAUUCUUCCUAAAUUCCUCACAGGGUCUUUAUUUGUUAACCUCUGCAAGAGUGCACUUGUUGAGAGAUUUCUCCAGCCAACAUUUGCUUUAAAUCAUAAACAUACGAAUGGAGGAGCAACUUCGCCUUACUGUGUGUAUCUGUGUUAAUGUGAAUAAUAAUUUGGUCUCUGCUGUAGGUGACGUGAAAUGUAGAUAAUGUAAGUUCCUGGUUUAUCUUUUUCCCGUUUCAAUAUUUUGCUAUUUAAUAGAAAUAUACAAUGGUAACCUUGUUAGUAAAAUAGUAACCAAACCACAUCAAAAUGCUGGAACAUGUUUAAAUAGUUACGUACU